AUGAGACUCACAUCCGUUCUACUGUCACUGUUCCUGCCCAGCCUUGUCCUCUGCGCGCCAGCUGGACCGGCUCACGCUGUGCCAGGGACCAUAGCCAGCCGGGAUGGACACGACGACACUGAUCCUCCGCCUCCAGACUGCAUCAAAGACUGUGACUGCAAGAAGUUUGAACCAGGAAGUUGGGAAGAGGGCCCAAGCUUCGUUUCCUGA